AUGGUUAUGCCUGCUUUAAAAUGUCCUUAUUUGGCUCAAUUAACUUUACAACAAGUACGAGCAUCGGCUCCAAAUAUUCUUAAUGCUGGUGCAGAAUCAUGUCCCAUAUUUGGUCAAUUAGUUCGAAAAAUAUCAACAACAGGUAUUAACGAUACAGUAUCAUUGAAUACUUCAUCAUCAUCGUCAAUGAAUUUUGAUGAUGUCAAAGCUGUUCAUGAAAAUUUUCUUGGUCGAAAAACAUCCAAUAAGGUUACAAUACCAACCGCAAUUAAUAAAAUAGCAAAUUCCUAUGGUGAAAUUAUUAUUUCGACUGAAUGUGAAGAUCUUUUAUGUCCAUUUUUAAAAGCAACGCCAAUUACACUUCGUCGUUUAAAUAAUGAUCAGCAUAUGAAUCAAAUUCAUCGAAAAUUAGAAAAAAUAAUGAAUCCAAUGAUUAAUCAUACAACUUUAUUUCAAUAUAAUAAUUUUUUUGAUGAAAAAAUUGAAGCAAAAAAACGCGACAAUUCUUAUCGAAUAUUUAAACGUGUACAACGAAAGAGUGGUCUUUUUCCACAAGCUGAAGAAAAGAAAAAUUUAGAUGAUGAUAAGGAUUCCCGUACAAUUACUGUUUGGUGCAGUAAUGAUUAUCUUGGUUUAGGCCAACAUCCUAAAUUAAAAAAAGCAGUCAUUGACGCAGUUACAUUACAUGGUUCUGGUUCUGGUGGUACUCGUAAUAUAUCAGGUACAAGUCCAUUACAUGAAAAACUUGAACAACAAUUGGCAAAUCUUCAUCAAAAAGAAUCAGCACUUUUAUUUACAUCAUGUUAUGUUGCUAAUGAUACAACAUUAUUUACAUUAGCUAAAGCAUUACCGAAAUGUCAUAUAUUAUCCGAUAGUGGUAAUCAUGCAUCAAUGAUUCAAGGUAUAAGAAAUAGUCACGUACCAAAACAUAUAUUUCGACAUAAUGAUAUUGGACAUUUGGAAGAAUUAUUAAAAAAACUUCCAAAAUAUACACCAAAAAUUGUUGCAUUUGAAACAGUUCAUUCAAUGGAUGGUUCAAUUUGUAAUUUGGAAGCUAUGCUUGAUGUUGCUCAUGCUUAUGGUUCAAUAACAUUUAUCGAUGAAGUACAUGCUGUUGGUUUAUAUGGUCAUAAUGGAGCAGGUAUUGGUGAACGUGAUCAUGUUCUUCAUAAAAUGGAUAUUAUUUCAGGCACACUUGGUAAAGCCUUUGGUAAUAUUGGUGGUUAUAUAGCUGGUAAUGCAAAAAUGACUGACUUCAUUCGAAGUUAUGGUUCAGGUUUUAUUUUUACCACAUCAAUACCACCAACAGUUUUAGCUAGUGCUUUAGCUGCUAUUGAGAUUUCAAUGAGUGAUGAAGGUCGUUCAUUACGUCGUAAACAACAGGAAAAUGUUCGUGAGUUACGAUCGAAAUUGAUUGAUGCUGGACUUCCAGUAGGUGAUGCAGCACUUGCUGCACUUUUAUGUAAUCAUUUACUUGAUCGUUAUUCAAUAUAUAUUCAAUCAAUUAAUUAUCCAACUGUUGAACGAGGAACUGAACGUUUACGUAUUGCAGCAACACCUUAUCAUACAAGUGAAAUGAUUGAUCAAUUAGUUGAUGCAUUAAAACAUGUAUGGCAAGAUGUUGGCCUUACUUUAAAAGAUGUUGAACAACAACAUCGACAACAGCCUAUACUUAUGCGACACCAUGCUUAA